AUGGGUGAUCCAUCGGCCGCUUACACGAUCCUGCGGAUGUCAAGCUUUUAUGAACGCAUGUUUUACACAUUCCAUCGUUUUGGAAUUCAGUCAAAUAUCCUCGUUUCGGCGCGAUAUACUUGUGGUGACGAUCGGCCGCUCUCGAAAUGGGCCGUGUACAACGCGCUCGCUUCCGUCAUCAAGACGCACCCGGCCCUCCGAGUCGUUGGCGUACAGCGUCCGUCGCCGCGUCCAGGCAGACAUAGGAUCUUCCGGGCGGUGCUUCACAAGAUCGAGUUCGAUACCUGCGUCGAAUUUGUGGCCGACGACCAGGGCGAUGGCGUAACAUCAGCAACGCUCGAGGAAGCGCAUAAUACGUGGGACUGGGCCGACGACGAACCCGGAACCCCGUGGUGGAAGCUCAUCAUCGUCGGCGGAAACCACAUCGUCUUCGUCUAUCACCACUUUGUCGGUGACGGAAUUUCGGGGGUAACGUUUCACCGCGAAUUCCUCGCCGCUCUCAACACACUUGGGCCGUCGCCUGAUUCAGGGACCGUAUCACCAGACCAUGUGGCGUACAGUCCGUCGACUAUUCUUCAGUACCCGCCGGAGCCGACCGACAUUGCCACGGAUACGCCAUCUAUCCUGAGGUUGGUGUGGAACUUUCUUGUCUGGUGGCUACUUCGGCUCUUCUUCCAGAAGCGACUUCUCUUCGGUGACCUCCCGAGACCCCGUCCAUAUACUCGAUCGCUGGUGGCCCAUCCAGGUGAUGGAGGCCGGACCACGACAACGGUGGCGACAUGCAGAAUCCCGGCCGCCAAAGUCAGGCACAUCAUUUUGGCUUGCCGAGAGAAGCAAACGACCUUUACGCCACUUCUAGUCACCAUGCUUAACCUCACGCUAUCAACAGACUUUUACCCCAGCGCCUUGAUCGGGGCGUCACGCGUUGCCUUUGACUUACGGUCACACCUUUCACUCUCUGGAGUGGCCGAUAUAUCGCCGAAUGGAAUUAUCAUGAAUGCCGCCGCCGCCGCUGUCCAGCUGCAUUGGCUGCCCAAGUACAAACGAGAUGGGGCCGUGGAUGACCAAGGCUUGUUGCCUUGCCACAAUGAGGCGAUAUGGCAACUUGCGCGCACGUACAAAAAGGACAUGGAUGCUGGCGUCCACGGCUGCAUCCGCGAUUGGAUGGCUUCCAAACUGGUCGGCCCUGACCUCGAGGACUUCACAGAGACGUCGUUGCCCAUGAUAGGACACAUGGUCAGCGACACCUACCUGGUAUCCAACCUUGGUUCCAUUGCCGGCCGGCAGCAUGGCGUCAGCUUGAGGACAAGGGCAACCAAAGAGGGGUGGGCCAUCGACGAGAUGCAGUUCUCGGCCGCCGCGACAAACGGACACGCGGGGUCACGCAGUUUUGCCCUGAACAUUGUCGGCGUCGCCGAUGGAGACACCAUCAUCAACGCUUCCUUCGAAAAGGGCAUGGUAAGUAAGGAGAUGGUGGAUGCCAUACUGGAUAGAACCAUGAUGAGGAUAGAACGGCUGCUCGAGUAG